AAUGGAUCUGGCCUUUAUUAAGGAUUUUGUUGUCGAUUUAUUUUUAUUUUUAAAUCGUUUUUUCUUGUUAUGAAAUGUUACAAACUCUGUGUUAAAAAUAUGGUAAUAAUGAUGUUUACUUCUUCACUAAUUUUAAAUUAUAAAUAGUAUCUUGACAUUAUUAACGAAGCUCACACACCAAUAUCUGCACCGAGCCAAAGUCCCUCGCAGGUCCUUUUUAACGAAGCUCACACGCCAAUUAAAGUUUGAACUUCCCCUCAAAGCCCUCGCGCUGAUUGUGCCGACAAAAAGCUAAGCUAAGCUAAGCAGUUUAUGGACUCCAUCAAUUCUUUCAAGGGAUAUGGUAAAGUACGUAGACGAGGUCGAGCAGCAAGCCUUCCGGCGAAAGACACGUAAGCGUUUGAUCAUUGUCGUUGUCUCCUCCAUUGUUCUUUUAGCUGUGAUCAUCGGUGCUGUUAUAGGAGUUGUUUUGCACAACCGAAACAACAACUCUUCGUCCAACCCGGUCCCUCCUCCCGAGUUGACUCCAGCCGCUUCACUCAAGGCUGUUUGCAGUGUGACCCGGUACCCAACCUCAUGUUUCUCCAGCAUCUCUGCCCUUGAAACAGGAAACACUACGGACCCAGAGGAGCUUUUCAAGCUCUCUUUACAUGUUGCUAUGAAUGAGCUGUCCAAGCUCAAAGACUACCCGGAUAAGCUCAUACAGAGCAUUGAUGACGCUACCCUUCAAGAUGCUUUGAAAGUCUGUGCCACCGUGUUUGAUGAUGCUGUAGAUAGACUCAACGACUCCAUAUCAUCGAUGGCUGUCGGUGAAGGUGGAAAGAUUUUAUCAACAGCUAAGAUGGAUGACUUGAAGACUUGGAUCAGCACUACAAUUACUGACCAAGAAACAUGUUUAGAUGCGUUGCAAGAGUUGAACGUUACAAAGCAUUUUAACCAGACACUUGUUGAUCAUGUCAAGGCAGAAAUGGAGAACUCUACCGAGUUUGUUAGCAAUAGUUUGGCUAUUGUUGCAAAAAUCCUGGGUUUGCUUUCUGAUUUCAACAUCCCAAUUCAUAGAAGGUUACUUGGAUUUGAAAGAACCCAUAAUUCAAGGUUUCCACAUUGGGUUGGUUUAGGAGAUAGAAGACUACUUCAGAUGUCUACUCCGAAGCCGGAUGUCACGGUGGCGAAAGACGAUAGCGGGGACUGCACGACCUUACGUGAGGCAGUAGGAAAAAUUCCAAAAAAGAGUAAAUCAAGAUUCAUCAUAUAUGUUAAGGAAGGUGAAUAUUUGGAGAAUGUGAUUUUGGAUAAAAGCAAGUGGAAUGUAAUGAUCUAUGGUGAUGGGAAGGACAAGACUAUUAUUUCAGGCAGUCUGAAUUUUGUUGAUGGAACUCCCACCUUCUCUACUGCCAGUUUCGCUGUUGCGGGCAAGAGCUUCUUCGCCAGAGAUAUCAAGUUCAUUAACACGGCCGGGGCAGAAAAGCACCAAGCAGUGGCCUUCAGGUCCGGCUCGGACAUGUCAGUACUUUUCCGGUGUGCAUUUGAUGGAUUUCAGGACACACUCUAUGCUCACUCAAAUCGACAAUUCUACCGUGACUGUGACAUUACCGGCACCAUUGACUUGAGCAUGUUUGGCAGUUUGGUUGCGGGUGCUUUUCAAAUAACUUUUCGUGUCAAAAUGCAUGCCAAUGAUGUUUUUUUAUUUUUUAAAAAUUAUUUUUGACAUCAGCACAUCAAAACGAUCCAAAUCAUACAAACCAUUUUAAAUUUUAGUAAAAAAAAAAAAAAAUUUCAAAUUUUUUGGGAACGCAGCCGCAGCCGCGUUCCCAAACAUGCUUCAUGUUCGGCAAUGCCGCUGUCGUGUUCCAAAAUUGCAACAUCCAGCCCAGGCAACCGUUACCUAACCAAUUCAACACCAUCACAGCUCAGGGAAAGAAGGAUCCUAAUCAAAACACUGGCAUUUCAAUUCAGAAUUGUAAAUUUUCUGCAUCGGGUAAUGUUACAGCUCCAACUUACCUUGGUAGGCCUUGGAAAGAUUAUUCCACUGCUGUCAUUAUGCAGUCCGAUAUUGGGCCGUUCUUGAGACCAUCAGGUUGGAUGUCAUGGGUCAGUGGUGUGGAUCCACCUGCCACUAUAUUUUAUGCAGAGUAUCAGAAUACUGGGCCUGGUGCUAGAGUGGAUGGAAGGGUCAAAUAGGCCGGUUACAAGCCAGCUCUUACAUUAGAUGAGGCAGGGAAAUUUACAGUGGACUCUUUCAUCCAAGGAAGCGCGUGGCUGUCGGCAAACACUGUGACAUUUCAAUCAACCCUAUGAUUUCAAAGUGUAAGGAGUAGUUGUUUGGUAGUUCAUGCAAACCAUCCAUUCAAAAAAAAUCUUUUAAAUUUUUAUUUAGAAGAGAAGGAUUGAUAUGUCUAAAAUGCUAGUUUUAAUUUUGUAUUUUUGUAAUUUUCUGUUUACUAGACAACCUCUUAAAAAUAGAGAAGCGUAACUUAUUAUUUAUAAGAAAAUUUAAAAAACCUUAUAAAUUGGUAAAA